ACACACAUGUUUCAGAUCCAAACAUCACGAAAUGUAAACAAAGACAGCCGGCACCAGGCAAGCAGAUUUGGCUAUUUUCUUAAUUGAUGGUGUUGCGUUGACGGACGCAGUCUAGGGUGAAAAAUGUGUGUGGACAGCGGCGCAGCGUCGGCGUGCCUCUUUUCGCAAAUCAUCCAGCACGUGUCCAUCUCGCCGGCAAUCGUGAAGAGCGAGCAGAGAGACGAUCCAGAGAUGGACUUCACGGAAAGGGUGCGCCUCGUGGAGGAGAUUCUGUCAAAACAUCCCGACCGGUUCUUGGAACGAUUCGGCGCCCAUCUGAAAGACGAGCACCUGACGUAUUUUGAGAGUUGGAAAUGCAAUUACUCUGUUCAGUUUCACCUCGAGCAAAUCAAGAAGAGGUUGGCGGACAAAAAGAACCUCUUGGUGAAAAACAGAAGGUUUGCGGCGCUAAAAAAAUUGGUCAAGGAAAGCACAUACUUCAGUGACACCGAGAUGAAAAGUAGGAAUCCUCUGCUCUACGACCAGCUUGUGGGGCAAAAUAUGACGGAGGAGGAAAGCUUGGAGAGGGACAGAGCCAAUUUCCAUAAUAUGACGCUAGCUACUUUUCUUAUGGCGAGAUUCGACAAAGAGGAGGAGGCCAAACUCCAUCAGAGGCAGCAAGAGAAUGAGGAUGCAGUCACAGAGGAGACAGAAGAGGACAGUGAGGAGGAGGAGAUGGAGGAUGAUCAGGAAGAAGGAAUACACGUUGAAGAUGACGAGAAGGCUCUUUUGAGGCAGGAAUUUGUAACCUUCAUGUACAAUAGUUUCCUGCAAGGAAAUGAUAAAGAUUUCGAUUACAGCACCGUUGAUUCUAAUGCAGAGUACGACGAUAUGUGUGCCAAAGAGAGGGAUGAAGAAGACAAUUAUUUUGACUCUGAAACGCCAGAAACUGUUAUGAAGAGUGUUAGUGAACUGUCAAUUGCGGACUCCGAAGAGGACGAACUCGAUGCAUUUAUGAGAACGUUACCACCGACUGAAAAACAAGUUGACAUCUUAUAGAAUAAAAAAUUGCAUCUCAUGAACGCUUUUAUAGCUAAAUGGCAGCGUUAGAAGCGAAAUUUUGUAGCGGUUAAAAUAAAGGUGAAAAUGUAUUUUUUAAGUUUUAACCUAGACAUUUCUGGAUUAUCCAAUUCAUUGAAAUUUUUGCCAUCUUUUGGACUAGUCAAAUGUGUAAUUGCUUUCAUAACCCUCGGGGUAUAUUAAGUAGUGUCAAUAAUUGUUA